GCGAGUAUGGUACUAGUUGUGCUGGUUGUGCUAGUUGUGCUAGUUGCCGCGACACUUCUCUUCCUGCUUCUGCUUCUCACAUCUAUCGACUCUUCGUAGAUCAUAAUAUAUAUUAGUACAAUACCCGAUCAAUAUCAAACUAGUACCUCGCACCAGGGGGCAAGCACUACACACAUCACACACAUUGACUUGGUCCCAGUAUCCGCGACUACACUGCAUUCGACGAAAAACAUCUUGCAGCGCAAACCACAGCAGCACAGAAGCCUCCAUCGCUCGUCCAUACCAUCAGCCAUCCACGCAAAGGAUCUACCUCGCCUCUAUAUAUCGGUCUCCCCAUCACACAUCGUCAGUGUGUAUCAGCAUCCGAUCGUCUAGGCGACGACGACCUCGCCGCGUCGCACUUCGUCAACAUGGGUCUCAGUGCUCGACGCCCGCAACUUCCGAGCCUCAAUCUACCAUCAGCUCGGUCAUCGGAGCGAAAAGACAUCCUUAUCGAGCAAUUCGAUUUCGAUGAUGAGAGGCUCGAGGACACGACCGAGAUUGUAUUAGAUUCCCAUCGCGCUUUCCGCCCAGAUCCUUCCACGCCGGUCACCCCCCUACCGGGAACCCCUCUAGUGUUCGAUGAAGCUCCCUCUCACCGCUCUGGCACUCCAGUAACUCCUGGAUUUGCCAAUGGCCCGAAUCCAUUCUCCUUCUCAUUUUCUCAACGUUCCCCUUCGAGCUCGAGCCAUACUCCAAGCUCCAGCCCCCUCCUGCAACCUUCGAAAGGCAUCUCAUCGGCACUGGCAGAAGGACACUUGGCGAAGGGUGUGGCUAUGGCGGAGAACUCGCCUGGUAUUGGGCUCCACCCAUCCGGCUUGGGCCUGAUCCCCAGCUUUGGUACCCUGAAUGGCCUGAGUACGUUGAAAAAGGGUAGAGGAUCGAACCCCUCUGGAGGGACAAGACAGAAUGACAAGGACGCUUCGCAUGAAGAAGUCCCUUGGAAUGACCGAGAGCUGGAGACGUUGGAAAGCUUCCUGUUGAAUCCGUUGCGUCCACUAUCGACCACGUAUCCUCCAGGCACCCUGCCGCCUCCGGCGGCUCUCGACGAACUCACUUCUCAAAUCAUCCAUUUCCAUCGACCAACUCCGACUUCCCUACCUAUCGAUGAUCUCCAUUCGGUAUCGCCAAAACAAGGCGGCAUUGCAUCGUCCAGAUCCGCACCUUCGCUGAAAGUCGAUGCCUCGGCGAGUCACUUCGUUGGCAAAGGGAGACAUCGCCGGACUCAUUCCAGCUCAGGUGUUGUUUGGAAGCAUAGCUGGCCAUCGACGAGGCAGAAGCUCUACGAAGUCGCCCGAAAAGAGGCUCUUGGAGAUUCGCGGGAAGACCGAUUCAAGGGGCGUUUAGAUAUCAAGAAGCGGGCAUUGUUUACUGGUUCCGAGAUGGAUCCAGGUCCAAUCAGCCCUAUGCCCGAGAACAUGUCCGACGGCUUGUCCUUCGACUUUGCUAGCCAGAGAGAUGUACCCGGUACUAUGAUCCGUUCGGGGAUACCGGGGCACAUAGCGACUUCGCAGACGGGAUGCUACGACGGCCAAGACUUCACCACCAAGACAACCUCGAAAUGGUCCGCCGACUCCAACAUCACGACCUCAUCUGUCGGUCCGACGAUCAGGCCGAUCAGUCUCUUGCAACGCGGGAAAAGCUUCACCGCCGAAGAUUUCGAUGCAGCCAUGACAUUGGAUGAGUCGGUCAAGGAGAAAUCCUGGACAUCUCUGAAGCACCCAUCGACCGAUCUAGUUCAGCUGCCUCAAUGCCCGACUAGCACUGUCAAUACGACUCCGCCGCCAAUUUUUGCCCUCCCACGAGGCCGCGUUUCUGGCUCUUCGCCGUUGUCGAGCGAAGGACCCAAGACCCCCGAGGCUCCACCUGGUAUAACUUUGACUUCGCCAUCUCCCUGUGGGCGCCAUCGCAACGAGCAAAUGCGGGGUAUGGGGUCUCCAAUCCCAGGUUCAGACGACAGACCUGGCGCUUUUGGUGGUCUGCUAGACUUUGCCGCCAGUACCGCAGAGAAACCAGACGCACCGCGAAGGAAGAAUCGACCAUCGCCUCUUAUGCGAUCUCGUUCGACCUGGGAUGAAUCUCAAACGCAUUCAAUGGUCGCCCAAUUCAUCCAAGGGCCGCCUCUGUUUCAGACUAUCGAACACGACCUCGAUCGGUCCCAACCCUUCCGAGUAUCAGAGCAUAGGACGGACACGUCUUCACAAGGGCAGACGCCGUUUGCCAAAAGGCAGAAGGUCCAGGAGACUGAAACCAAUUUGGAAGAGUAGUCUUUGUCGGUGCACUUUCCGAUCGCCCUGCAUCAAGUUAUGUAGCCCACCACAUCAAGCAGAUCUCCUGCCGGCCCCAUGUAUCGCUUCCCCUUUCCCACCCUCGAGAUGUUGCACUUAUCGACCAGCAUGAUGUAUUAUUGGCU